AGAGAGAGAGAGAGAGAGAGAGAGACAGAGAGAAAAUUUGGUGUCCCCAUGGACAGAGGGAGAGACAGAGAUUUAUGGUCUUUCUAUAGACAGAGAGAGCGAGUGUAUGUGUGAGAAGCGGUUUUGGGAUUCGGUAACGUGGACUGCGUUCAGUUGUUGUUGCUCUUCUCCAUACACGAAGAGAAGAAAUUAAAAGCCAAGAAGAAAAAGCGGUUUUUUCCCCCAGGAAAGUGGUUUUGUUGCUGAGAAGACACAGCCGAGAGUGGUUUUGUAACUGAAAAAAGUGAGAAGAAAAAGAGAACACUACAGACCAUCAUCUCUCUGCACUUUCUAUACAAUCUGUUACACCUAUACAUACACACACCUGUACAUAUAGGUAGAGAGAGAGAUGGGUAGGGGGGGGGGGGGUAGAAAUGGAUGGAUAAGAAUUUUGUUGGGUAGUAAAUGGAUCUUGGGUUUGGUUUGUUUGUCCCUGUGAUGAUGAAUGGGGCAGUGUGGAGUGCGUGAAUAGGAUAAGAGUUUUCUUCCUCAACCUUCAUCCUUUCUUGUUUUAUUUUUCCGCUUUGUUUUUUUGGUUUUUGGUUUUGAAAUUCUCUAUUUUGCUCUGUUUUCUGUAAAGGGUGGGAGUCUUUUUGUGUAUUUUUUUUCUGAGCUUGAAUGGCUCAUGUGGAUGUGGGUAUUAGAGGAGGAGUUUCUCAUGGGGUGCAGAGACAAAUUUCAGGCUUGGGAUGUGAUGAUCUGUCACCAGAGCUAUGGAAGUCAUGUGCAGGGCCUUUGGUAGAUGUUCCUAAAGAAGGAGAGAGGGCUUACUACUUUCCCCAGGGUCACAUAGAACAAUUAGAGGUGUCUACAAACCAGGCUUUGACUCAACAGAUUCCUCAGUUUGGUCUUCCUUCGAAGAUACUUUGUCGAGUUGUGAAUCUUCAAUUAUUGGCAGAAGCGGAGAAUGAUGAAGUCUAUGCACAGAUCACUUUACUCCCAGAGGCGGAUCAAACCGAGCCCACCAGUCCUGAUGAAUGCAUCCCUGAUCCACCUAAGCGGAUUGUUCACUCGUUUUGUAAGAUUCUAACGGCAUCGGAUACUAGUACUCAUGGAGGGUUUUCUGUUCUCCGCAAGCAUGCCAAUGAAUGCCUUCCCCCCUUGGUAAUUUCUCUUCAUCUUUGCCUAGCCGAUCCCCCCGCUCUCUGGAUCCUCAUAUUAGCACAUCGUCUUUUCUUGCAGGACAUGUCUCAGGCAACCCCAACACAAGAUUUGAUUGCCAAGGAUCUUCAUGGAUACGAGUGGCGCUUUAAGCACAUAUUUAGAGGUCAACCUCGAAGGCACUUGCUUACGACUGGGUGGAGUACAUUUGUAACCUCGAAGAGGUUAGUUGCGGGUGAUGCUUUUGUAUUCCUGAGAGCUGAUAAUGGGGAAUUGCGUGUCGGGGUUCGUCGUCUUGCUCGGCAGCAAAGUUCUAUGCCUCCGUCUGUGCUAUCGAGCCAAAGUAUGCAUUUAGGAGUUCUUGCUACUGCAUCUCAUGCUAUUAGAACGGAAACCCUUUUUGUUGUGUAUUAUAAGCCGAGAACAAGCCAAUUUAUCAUCGGACUAAACAAAUACCUAGAGGCUAUACGCCAUGGGUUCUCGGUGGGUAUGCGUUUCAGGAUGAGAUUUGAAGGAGAAGAUUCUCCCGAGAGAAGGUUUUCGGGAACAAUAGUUGGGCUGGGAGACAUCUCCUCGCAGUGGAAAGAUUCAAAAUGGCGCUCGUUGAAGAUUCAAUGGGAUGAACCAGCUACUAUUCCUCGCCCGGAUAGGGUUUCACCGUGGGAGAUUGAACCUUUUGUAGCUUCUGCUUCUGCAGAUAUAGUCCAACCCGGGACAAAAACUAAAAGGCCUCGACCCCUUGAACUUCCAUCGAACGAAGAUAAAACGACAUCUGUUGCUUCUCCAUUCUGGUAUUCUGGACCGAAAUCUGCUGGUGAAACCGUAAGCAAUGGUGAUCAAGCUUUCUGGCAGUUGAAGCAGAAAGACCUUAACGGAAGGGCUUGCAAUGAGAGCAGCGUCACCGCUUCUAGGGCUCAUCCGAGUGGAAUGUGGCAACCCCCGAGUGGUUCUGAGACGAUAGAAGACAGCACAAACAUGCCUCCACGGUUGUCGUCUAUUUCUGAAUUCAGUUCUCCCAUCCCGUCAAUUGCAAGCAACGGGGCCUUGCUUGACCAAGUGGACAGGUCCAAAAAGUCGGCUAUCCGUAUAUUUGGAAUCGAGUUUAGCAACGCUGAUAAUUAUCGUCGGGAGAAAGAAACGCCCUGUUCAAAUACCAUGCCAAGUAAUGCCAACGCUGUUUGUGAUGCAAAUGGAGUUGGUGCAGUUCAGAAAUCAGAGCAUCUUAAGUCCUCACGAGAAAUAAAACUAGUGGAGGCAUCGCUUAAGGAUACGCUAAGCAAACCAUCCGUUACUACUUCGAGAACUUGCACUAAGGUGCAAAUGGAAGGCUCUCGUUUUGGACGAGCGGUUGAUUUGACAACAAUGAAGGACUACGAUGACCUCUUAAACGAGCUCGAGGAAAUCUUUGAACUUAAAGGCGAACUUUGCCCUCGAAGCAAGUGGGAGGUCAUAUACGCGGAUGACGAGGGAGAUAUGAUGCUCGUAGGCGAUGACCCAUGGCCGGAGUUCUGCAAAAUGGUGAGGCGGAUCUUCAUAUGCUCAAGCGAGAAAGUGAAGAAGAUGAGUAGCAAGUGUAAGCUUCCUUUGUUGUCUGACGAGGGUGAAGUGACAAUAGUUAGCUUAGAAUCAGAGCUAAAAUCCGAAGGGUGAUAUAUAGUUCCUCGAUUUAUCCGGGAAAGGGUCUCUGAAUAAUAUGUACUAGUAGAAGUUUGUUUCCGAUUUCGUUUUUUUCUUGCUCAUAAAGAAUUUAGGAGCAAAUCAGAAUGCACAGGGUGAUAGAUGUAAGAAAUGUGAAUACCAACCUAGUGGUUUGUGAGGACUGAUAAAAGAGUAAUGGGGCUUGUUUGUUUCAGUCUAAAUGGAACAAUUGUAGACAUUGUUGCCUGUUCAUGGCAAAACAAUAUCUUUUGGGGUUUUUUAAAAUUUAUUUUUGGUAAGUGGAUAGUUGCAUUUGAAUAAAA